AUGCCCAGGAAAACCAGCACGGCGACGACCGCUGCAAAGGCGGCCCGUCGCAAGAAUUCAGGGUCCUUCACGGCGGUCAAUCAGCCAGCUGAAAGUACGGCAAGCCCCAGUCCAGCGACCGACGCACCCGGUCCCAGUCGAAGAGAUGACAGUGCAGCACCGGCGGGUCAGGUCAGCGAGCCUGAUACCAGCGGCAGUAAGGCAACAAACAGUUCAUUUGAGGUGCCGCACUCUUUUAUACCCCAGAACAGACACGGGAUGCACAUCAUAGUACUGGGCGCAGGAGGAGGGCCCCGCGAGGAUUGGGUUUCUAGUAUCCUUGUGCGAUCUCGAACUCCUGGCUGGUCACUGAAUACGAUGAUCGCAGUUGAUGCAGGAAUCCUUCUUUCAUCUGUCAUCGAAAUUCUGGAUACGUGGAAUGAAGUGGACGAGUUUACUCGUUUUACAACUGGACCAUUUACAGGAUUAACCAGGGAAUUUCAGUCAACCAAGGCCAACGCAGUAUUCAUCUUCCGGAGGCUUGUUCGCACGGUGAUGGUUUCACACCCUCAUCUUGAUCACAUAUCAGCCCUAGCCAUCAACUCUCCGGUUCUGGGUGCGCACUGUAACCCAAAAACAGUUGCCGCAUUGCCCUCCGUGGUUGAAGCCCUCAAAGCACACGUUUUCAACGAUGUCAUCUUUCCAAAUCUCUCCGACGAGGAUGACGGAGCUGGCCUUAUCACCUAUCAGCGCCUGACUGAAGGAGGUUCUGCUAGUAUGGGUCGUGGCGAUGACCGGCUCUACGUACAGGUCGCCGAGGACUUACUAACUCGGUGUUUCAGAGUCAGCCAUGGCACAUCGAAGAUGGGCACUGAUAUACGAGAACCAAUCCUUGAAGAACAGUCAAGGUCGGCGUCGAGAAUAUCAGAGACAACCGUUGAGAGCUCUGCUUUCUUCAUUCGCGAGAAGAAUACUGGAGUCGAAAUCAUCGUCUUUGGUGACGUUGAAUCUGAUGCAAUCUCGCAGGCUGGACACAACAAAAGGGUAUGGCAAGCAGCAGCGCCGAAAGUCAUUUCUGGCAACCUGCGCGCGAUUUUCAUCGAAUGUUCCUACAGUGACAGCACAGAGGAUGCUUACCUCUUUGGCCACCUGUGCCCGCGACACUUGAUUGCGGAGCUGGGCGUUUUGGCAGAACUAGUGACAGUAUUGGAGGAUGAAGCAAAGGACGGGAAGCGCAAACGCCGGAUUAGCCGCAUUUCGCAGAGUCUAGAAUCGCCUGCUCCCAAAUCGAAACGGAUCACGCCCUCUGGUAAAUCCAGGGGUUCCUCAGAUACAUCCGAGUCUAUCCCACUCAUUGCGUCUCGUCAAAGCCAUGCGAGCUCUACUCAAAAUACGAACCGCGAUUCAUCAGAUAUGCCACUCUCAGGUCUCCAGAUUUAUAUCAUCCACGUGAAGGACGAUAUGACCGAUUCGCCCCACCCGGGCGAGACCAUCCUGCAAGAGCUGAGGCAUCUGGGCCAGAAGGCCAAGCUCGGUUGUUCGUUCUACAUUCCCAAACGGGGCGCAAGCAUUCAUUUUGAAUAA